UCGAGAAAUCCAGAGAGAGAGACAGAGAUCAGGAAUUCGAGAUCAUCGAGAAAUCCACAGAGAGAGAGAGAGAGAGAGAGAGAGAGAGAGAGAGAGAGAGAGAGAGAGAGAGAGGGAUAUGGCACGGCGGCUCGGCUGUGGAGCCCACUGCGCUCUUCUCGGAGAGAAGAUGGCAACGGCUAUGGCGGUCACGAUGGCUAUGGUGAUGCCCGCUUGCUUUCCACUCGAAGGGUCGGCGGUCACGGUGAAGAGGGUGAGCUUUCCCGGACCGGAUGGGGUUACUCUUUCUGCCGUUCAGUAUGAGCCUGAUGCAUUCGCCGCUAACGGAAUGAGGUAUCCCGCCGUUGUGAUGAUGCACGGCUGCAGCGGCAUGUGGUCGUAUAGGAAUGUAAGCGCCGUGAACAAGGACGGGACCCCUAAUUUGCAGAAUCAUUUGGAGAAAUGGGGGUUGAAAUUUGCAAGAUUAGGGGUCGUGACUUUGGCUGUGGACAGCUUCACUCCUAGGGGUCUGCUUGCCCCCCAGGAGCAGUAUCAAUGCGGCGGCAACAGCUCAGUCAAUCCCUACACGACACGUGUACAGGAUGCUCGGCGCGCUUACGAGUACUUGAUGGGUCUUUCGGGAUCAGGAUCUCAACAGGUGGACGGAUCCCGGGUCGGGUUGCUUGGCUGGUCUCAUGGCGCGCAGGGAACUAUGGUCGAGGCCGCGGCUACGCCCCGCGAGGCCGACACCCUGCGACCGGUCGCCGACCGCCGUUUUGUAGCGGUCGUCAGCUUCUACCCCGGAUGCGGCACUAUGCUUGGGUUCGGAGAGACGGUUCAGGGGAGCUUCUGGAGACCCUACGGCGCGAUGCAGCUCCACGUGGGCAGUGCCGAUGAGUUCUACGAGAACUGCAAGCUGCGCGCCGAAAUCGCGCAGGCGUAUCCGUACAAUGCUGACCUGGCUUUCCCUGCUUACCCCGCAGCUCCGCACAGCUUCGACGCCUUCUCGCAGACAUGGCCGGUGUCUAAAUGCGACCAAGAGGGCAAUAGUGUCUCCACCUCCACCUCCGCCUCCGCCUCCGGCAAUGCUGACAAGCAGGCGCAGGAGUGCGCGAUGAGGUCUGCAGACGUAGACGCUCUGGACUUCUUCAAAUCCCAUCUCGGACUUAAAGACACAGCUGCAAUAGAAACAGAAACAGCAUCUGCAUCUGGGUAUGACAAACUCUGAAAUAACUGUCCCUCCACAGAGGAGGUUGAAGCCUGAAGGUUGAUGGCUAUCAAUUCACCUGUAGUAUGGACUAACUUAAAGGCUAUCAACUACAAUAUCAAGCCCCUAUUUCUGUACUUUGUAGGUGAGCCCUGUAGCUCACUGUCAUCACAAUGGUAUGUCUGAUUCAUCAAACAAACAGUUAUAAUGUUC